CACACAUGGUGUCACUUAUUUAGUCUCUGCGUCGACUUGUCUAUGGAUCGGAUCGAGCUGAGCUUGGCUUGGCCACAGUUUUUGCCGCUUAUAAAUACCAAGAUCGAGCUAGCUUAGCUUCAUCGUGGAAGCCACACGACACUUGGGUCGGUGAUUGAUCAAGUAGCUAGCUACUCUCGUAUAUAUCCAUGGCGUCGUCUAGAGCGGCCGUCGUCGUCUUCCUCCUGGCGCUCUCCUCCUCCCUCGGCGCCAGCGCCGCUCCGGUGGCCCCCGGGCUGUCGUGGGGGUUCCACGACACGUCGUGCCCGGACCUGGACCACAUCGUGAAGUACCACGUCGGCGAGGCCUUCCGGCGCGACGUGGGCAUCGCGCCGGCGCUCGUCCGCAUCCUCUUCCAUGACUGCUUCCCGCAGGGCUGCGACGCCUCCGUGCUCCUCAACGGGACCGGCAGCGAGCUCCUCGAGGUCCCCAACCAGACGCUCCGCCCCACGGCGCUCAAGCUCAUCGACGACAUCCGUGCCGCCGUCCACCGCUUCUGCGGCCCCGUCGUCUCCUGCGCCGACAUCACCGCCCUCGCCACCCGUGACGCCCUCGUCGCCGCUGGCGGGCCGACAUACGAGAUACCGCUAGGCCGGCGUGACGGACUAGCCCCAGCGUCCAAGGCCCUCGUCGGAACCCUACCGGCCCCCUUCUUCGACGUGCCGACCCUCAUCAAAUCCUUCAAGGACCGCAACCUCACGACCGCCGACCUCGUCUCCCUCUCCGGCGCGCACACCAUCGGCCACUCCCACUGCCCGUCCUUCAACGACCGCUUCCCUCCCUCCGCGGACCCGACGAUCGACCCGGACUUCUCCAAGAAACUCCAAGCCAAGUGCGCCGCCGACGUCCCCUCCGGCACCGUAACGCAGGUCAACGACGUGCGCACGCCGGACGUGUUCGACAACAAGUACUACUUCGACCUCAUCGCCAGGCAAGGGCUGUUCAAGUCGGACCAGGGCCUCAUCGACCAUGCCGACACCAAGCGCAUGGCCACACGGUUCGCGCUCAACCAGGGCGCCUUCUUCGAGCAGUUUGCGGCGUCCAUGGUGAAGAUGAGCAAUAUGGACGUGCUUACGGGCACCCAGGGCGAGAUCAGGCUCAUCAGUUGCUCUGUGCCGAACAACCGUGUCUCUGGUGUCCAGACUGCCGACGAUGAGGGCCUCGUUGCUGAGAUGUAGUUCAGUGGUUAAUUUUUAGUUCUGGAUCGAUCCGUGAGUGCUCGUGAUUUGGAUUGGUGUCGUUGUCAAUCACGUGUUAGUUUUGGCUGUGGGGUUAAAUGGGGAUCGAUGCAUGUGUGUGCUUGUGUUGUGGAGUUGUACUGUAGUAAAGUCACAAGACGAUCAACCGACAGUUGUAUGUCGUCGUCAGUAAUACAUCGAUCUGACUCAAUAAACCUAUGAGACCAGAAAUGCUAUAUAUCUACCCUGUCUCGAUC